UGUCUUCUUGGCAACAAAAUCCGUGUUGUUAAACGUUGCUAGGGAAGUCGCAGAGCUAAUUUUAAAAUUGCUACUCAGAUGUUGACAGUUCACUGAAGGUCUUCUAAUAGCAAUGAAAAAGCUUUAUCCAGCUCACCACAGCUUGUUUCAGACAUGAAGAAAGGAUGACUGAGAAUGGAGAGGACUGUACUCUCAACCGCCCCUGUGAAGCUCCUGGGAAAGGAGACUAUGGUGACAUAGAAACCAAAACUCCUUUAGUUGAUGUAAAAUCUACCAACAAUGAUGCAGCACAGGCAGACAGGGAGAUCCCUGUGUAUCUGCCUCGCCCUCCAUCAAUAUCCAAAGUUUCAAAGUUUGGCAAAAGUGUGUCUGUGGAGGAUAGUAUGAGGACCAGGAAACUGAGAAGCAGCCAGGAGAGUCUGAGUGACAGAGCAGAGACGGGUUCCUCCACAGACUCUCUCAAAGAUGACAGAAUACCUCAGACAAAUGAGCAGAACUCCAACUCCAGACCCCAGCCUGCGUUCGCAGUGGGAUCUCCGGUCUUCCAGGACAGGAAGAGCCGGCAGCCGCAGCACGAAGCUCGGCCGUACAGGCAGCAGAGCGUCCCGGACGACCAACGGGGGAGAGCCGCCAAGGCGCGGCUGUUUCCAGUGCAGCCCACAGGGCCACUGCCCGCUCUGGACAGGAACUUUGCGUCAGCCACUUUACGGGCAGCUAAUAGGAUUGACAGGGAUUGUUUGGAUUAUGGCAUGCUGGUCAAAGAGAAGGGCGGUGAGUGCCUCCACAGGAACCUGAGCGACAGCCGGCUUCUGGAGAACAUGGGGUCGGACAUCACCUCGGUAAACUCCAUGAAGUCCAUCUACAGCGUACUAAGCCCCAUCAGACCCCAGGAUGUUCGAAACAGGAGUUUCCUGGAGGGGAGCAUGCUGGGAAGCGGUGCCUUGCUCGGGGCCGAGGAGCUGGACCGCCACUUCCCCGACAGACAAGUUGGUGUUUACGUCGUCACCUGGAACAUGCAAGGAGAGAAGUUCUUACCAACCAACCUGAACGAUCUCCUCCUUCCGACGGACUCUGACUUUGCACAGGAUUUCUACGUCAUUGGGGUUCAGGAAGGCUGCCCUGACAGGAGGGAGUGGGAGACCUGUCUUCAGGAAACUCUGGGACCUCACUAUGUUAUGCUUUACACGGCGUCGCAUGGCGUUCUCUAUCUUACCGUGUUUAUCAGGAGAGAUCUAAUGUGGUUCUGUUCAGAGGUGGAACAUGCCACAGUCACGACCAGAAUCAUCUCUCAGAUCAAGACGAAAGGAGCCGUCGGCAUCACCUUUACCUUUUUUGGAACUUCCUUUCUCUUCAUAACGUCCCACUUCACAUCUGGAGAUACCAAAGUUUACGAGCGAAUACUUGAUUACAACAAGAUCAUUGAAGCUUUAGCUCUGCCCAAAAGCCUUCCGGACACCAACCCUUAUCGCUCCUCACCAGCCGAUGUCACCUCAAGGUUCGAUCAGGUCUUCUGGUUUGGGGAUUUCAACUUCCGGCUCGGUAAAGACCGGGCGGAGGUAGAAGCCAUCAUGCAGCGGACAGUAGGGGGCGAUAUGAGUCCUCUGCUGGAGCACGACCAGCUGACAAACCAAAUGAAGGACGGUUCGAUCUUUAAAGGUUUCCAAGAAGCACCGGUUCAUUUCUUCCCAACAUAUAAAUUCGACAUCGGCUGUGACAACUACGACACCACCUCCAAGCAGAGAACGCCCUCAUACACAGACAGAGUCGUGUUCAGGAGCAGGCAGGUCAACGACAUACGAGUUCUGAAAUACAGCAGCUGCUCCAGCAUAAAGACCUCCGACCACCGACCCGUCAUCGCCGUCUUUCAGGUCAAACUCAGGCCGGGAAGAGACAAUAUUCCUCUGUGUGGAGGACUGUUUGACCGGAGUUUGUACUUGGAGGGCAUCAAGCGCAGGAUGACGGCCAGAGAGCUGAAGAGGAGGGAGGCCAUAUCGAGCCAAAGCAGCACCAUCUGCGCCAUCUCUUAAACGUUCCCAUGAACUCUCUGUGCCACGCGUGGAAAUGGACCAAAACGAAAACCAGUGUUGUCUUAGCUGCUGGGACGACGGAGUGUAAGGACCAUAAGGUCAGACAGAUACGAGGUUUGCAGACAUCAGCAGUCUGGCCUUUACUUAUCUAGCCUUCUUUUCUCAAAACACGCAAAGUGAGAGGGUUUCUCUUCACACACAUCCUUCGACUGACUCGACCUCAUUCAUCCUAAUUUGUGUUUCACUAGCAUCUUUAGCCAUAAUGUUGCAUUUUUAUGAUUAAACGAUCAAAUGCCUUGUGAUUUAUAGUGCACUGAGCCUAACUAUUGUGAAAACGCAGCUGUUUGGCUUUUUUUGUUGUUGUUUUUUGGUCCUACCAUUUCUACCGAGGUUAGUAAAGUUUAAAGAGCAUGAAGAAGAAAAAGGAAGGUACGACUUGUUUCCAUUUCAGGGAAAUUUAAUGUUUUUAUUUAUUUGAAGAACUUUAACUUUUCUUCAGGGAACUCACUUCUUUAAAAACUAUGUUGAAAUGUUUACUAUCGUUUAGGCCAUCCAGUCCUCAUCAUAAACACUAACUUUAUGCCUUACCUCUCAUCUAAUCCCAUAAAUACUGUAAACUUUGAAUGUACUGUAUGUAGCACAGCUAUGAACCUGCAUUCCGAGCUUAAAAAGCAUUUUGCUCGUAUUAAAAAAAAAGUGCCUGUGGGUCUUGGUAUCAUGUCAACAUGACCCGUCUUAAUUUGCAACUUUUUAUGUAACCUAAUGUGUAAUAUCCGGUAAUAAAUGUAUAAAAAACU